CCCGGCGCGGCUCGGCCCCCGCCGGCCCAUGCGGGGCGGCUCCGGGCGCUCGGCGGCACAGCCGCGGCAGCUCCCCGCAGGGCGGGCCGGGUCGGGAUGGGGCUGGAGCUGUACCUGGACCUGCUCUCGCAGCCCUGCCGCUCCAUCUACAUCUUCGCUCGGAGCAACAACAUCCCCUUCGAGUUCAAGCACGUGGAGCUGUUCAAAGAUUCGGUGCUGGGGAAGAAGCCGGCGGCGGGGAGCGGCUCGGAGCAGCCCCGCGCAGGGCCAUCAAAUAGUGAAGGUGCAGGCAAAGUCAGCCUCUUGAAGAAAGUACCAGCACUAAAGGAUGGAGACUUCACCCUUGCAGAAUGCACUGCCAUUCUGCUGUACCUGAGUCGAAAGUACAACACUCCUGACCACUGGUACCCCUCAGACAUACAGAAACGGGCCCAGGUAGAUGAGUACCUCUCCUGGCACCACACCAACAUCAGGGCUAACGCUCCUAAAACCAUGUGGAUCAAGGUGUUGAUUCCCCUCUUCACAGGGCAGCCACUGCCCUCAGAGAAGCUCCAGGAGGUUAUGGAGGGGCUGUCCACUUCCCUGAAGCAAUUUGAGGAGAGGUUUCUGCAGGACAAGGCUUUUAUCAUUGGGAGUGAGAUCUCCCUGGCAGAUCUUGUGGCCAUUGUGGAACUGAUGCAACCUGUUGGAGUUGGUUGUGACAUCUUUGAAGACAGACCCAGGCUGAGGGAAUGGCGCAGGAGGGUGGAGGAUGCCGUGGGGAAAGAGCUUUUUUUCCAAGCCCACGAGAUGAUCCUCAAUAUCAAAGAACUGAGCAAUAUUCAGAUUGAUCCACAGCUGAAAGAGCAACUGGCACCUGUGUUGAUGAAGAUGUUGAAAUGAAUUAACCUAUCUUAGCAUUUUUCCUGCCUUUUUUUUUUUUUUUUUUUCCUUUUUAAACUUCUUCUCUGACAUCCAGUUCUAUAUGUAACUGGAAAGAGCACUGUAAAUCUAAUACAGAAAUUGCAAAGUGCUUCCCCCAGGCCAAGUCCUUCUUGUGUCUUUUUGGGAUGGAAGCUGAGGAAAGUUUAAGACCUAAAAACGUUAAAUUUAAACAAAAGGCUGAGGUCCUACAGGUCACUCAAUGUUUAUCUGAAUUUUAUUUCAGUGUCAGUCUUCUCAGAGAUGGUAGAGACAAGAAUGGUAUUUCCUGACAGAAUUCAAGCCAGCCUAUAAACUGGGAACAUUAAAGAACUGAAUAGGAUGAGGAUCAUUGUUUUCAAUUUUAACAUUUGUCCUGCAAAGUGUGCCUGAUCCUCAUCUUCCCAGCAUGUGUCUGCACAGAGAAGUAGAGCACAAAACUACUUCACAAAAGUGAAAAAAAUAAAUUUUAAAAGUUUCUUAU